AUGAGAGACUUUCUCACUCACAAAAGGAAAAAUGAAACACUGCAAUUAGUUAAUUUAAGUGAAGAAUGGUCUGCCGUGCUACUCAACAAACUCCCACAAAAGAAAAUCGACCCCGGAAGCUUCACCAUCCCUUAUUCCAUUGGGGGAACACCUAUACACAAUGCGCUAGCCGACCUUGGGGCUAUCAUCAAUCUCAUGCCCGCUUCAAUGUUUGACCGACUCGGACUAGGUAAGACAAGCCCCACAAAGAUGAGCAUACAACUCGCCGAUAUGUCUAUCAACUACCCACAAGGUGUCGCCGAAAAUCUGUUGGUAAAAGUCAGAGACUUUGUCUUCCCGGUCGAUUUUGUCAUACUCGAUAUGGGGGAAGACACCAAAGUACCACUAUUUCUAGGAAGACCAUUCCUUGCUACCGCUCAUGCGUUGGUAGAUAUGAGUGAUGGGAAGUUAACAUUAAGGGUCAGAGAUGAAGAAACGACCCGGUCAACUACAUGGAUGUCAUAG